UCCCCUGUGCUCUGUCUUUCCUUGCUGCUCUCAGGUCCCCUGCAGGCUUGAGCCCCUUUCAUCUAGUACACAUUUUCGAGAAGCCAAGGCACAGCCAUGGUGGAUGCGGAGAUGGCCGCGUUUGGGGCCGCUGCCCCCUUCCUGCGCAAGUCAGAGAAGGAGCGGCUGGAAGCCCAGACCCGACCUUUUGACCUCAAGAAAGAUGUUUUUGUGCCUGAUGACAAAGAGGAGUUUGUCAAGGCCAAAAUUUUGUCUCGAGAGGGUGGCAAAAUCACCGCUGAGACCGAAAGUGGCAAGACAGUGACCGUGAAGGAGGACCAGGUGAUGCAACAAAACCCACCCAAGUUCGACAAGAUCGAGGACAUGGCCAUGCUGACCUUCCUGCACGAGCCCGCCGUGCUCUACAACCUCAAGGAGCGCUACGCCUCUUGGAUGAUCUAUACCUACUCGGGCCUCUUCUGCGUCACCGUCAAUCCUUAUAAGUGGCUGCCGGUGUACAACGCCGAGGUGGUGGCCGCCUACAGGGGCAAGAAGAGGAGCGAGGCGCCGCCCCACAUCUUCUCCAUCUCUGACAACGCCUAUCAGUACAUGCUGACAGACAGAGAAAACCAGUCCAUCCUGAUCACCGGGGAGUCCGGGGCCGGGAAGACGGUCAACACCAAGAGGGUCAUCCAGUACUUUGCCGUUAUUGCCGCCAUUGGGGAUCGCAGCAAGAAGGAUCAGACACCAGGCAAGGGCACCCUGGAGGACCAGAUCAUCCAGGCCAACCCAGCCCUGGAGGCCUUCGGCAACGCCAAGACCGUCCGGAAUGACAACUCCUCCCGCUUCGGGAAAUUCAUUCGAAUCCAUUUUGGGGCAACUGGAAAGUUGGCAUCUGCAGACAUAGAGACCUAUCUUCUGGAAAAAUCCAGAGUUAUUUUCCAGUUGAAAGCAGAGAGAGAUUAUCACAUUUUCUACCAAAUCCUGUCUAACAAAAAGCCUGAGCUGCUGGACAUGCUGCUGAUCACCAACAACCCCUACGAUUAUGCAUUCAUCUCCCAAGGAGAGACCACCGUGGCCUCCAUUGAUGACGCUGAGGAGCUCAUGGCCACUGAUAAUGCCUUUGAUGUGCUGGGCUUCACUUCAGAGGAAAAGAACUCCAUGUACAAGCUGACGGGUGCCAUCAUGCACUUUGGAAACAUGAAGUUCAAACAGAAGCAGCGAGAGGAGCAGGCUGAGCCAGAUGGCACUGAAGAGGCUGACAAGUCUGCCUACCUCAUGGGGCUGAACUCAGCUGACCUGCUUAAGGGGUUGUGCCACCCUCGGGUGAAAGUGGGCAACGAGUACGUCACCAAGGGGCAGAAUGUCCAGCAGGUGGCGUAUGCCACCGGGGCACUGGCCAAGGCAGUGUAUGAGAAGAUGUUCAACUGGAUGGUGACACGGAUCAAUGCCACCCUG